AUGUUUCACUAUAUCUUCUAUAAUUACUGCUCUUUUCUUACGACUGUUUGGCUAUGGUUUCUAUUUUUAAUCAUUAAACAAACUUAUUCUCAAGAAAUCUUUGCUAGUAAAACAAUAUUAUCAAGUCAAGGUACUCAAUAUAUACCUGUUAAUAUGCCAGCUCAACUUAUUUCGAUAACUAAUACUGAUUCAAUCAAGAAAUGUUCUAUAUUAUGUAACAGCAAUGUUCUAUGUCGCGUUUUUGAUUAUGCAGUAUCUUCACCUAAACAAUGUCGAUUAUUUGAAGGUGAUACAAAUAAAUUAGGUCAGAUUAGUUCAUCAUCUUCAUCUCAAUCGCAAGUUGGUACUUUACAAUUUUCGGCACGUCUUUUCGUUGAAUACGGCAGUCCAUGUAUUUCUACUUGUAAUCAAAUUCGUUAUCUUCGAUGUGGCAGUAAUUCUACCUGUGAAUGUAUGCCACACACUUAUUGGAAUGCAUCAAUUUCUAUGUGUAUUCCACAAUCGCCAAUACUUGGUGCAUCCUGUCAACAAAACAUGAGCAUGUGUAGAGAAGAUCUUAACUAUACAUGUUUACAAUUUAAUCAAUGUGGGCCAUUAUCGGUACUUUCUGGAACAACAGUUGCGGAUGAUACCACUGAAAUAAGCGAUAGUUCGACUGUUGGUCUCAAUUGGCCUCUUGGAAUUGAUAUAUUUGGAACCAACAGUGACUCGAUUAUUAUUGUGGAUAUGGGUAAUAAUCGUAUUCUCGGUUUGUGGGAUGCUGAUACAAACUAUAAAAACAUUUCUGUAGUGGCAACGGAAUGGGCUCCUGGACAGCCGCUGUACUAUCCUUUUGAUGUGUAUGUCAAUACUAGAAAUGGAUGUGAUAUUUAUGUUACUAACUAUGGUGAUCCUCAAGUUGUAUUAUAUUCUAACAUGCAAACAAUUAAUUCAUUACCCAGUAUGGUUGCUGGUAACAGUUAUAAUGGAGCAGGACUUGAUAAUUUGAAUGGUCCAUUUGGAGUAGUAGUAGAUAGUAAUAAGAAUGUUAUCGUUGCUUCUAUGGAAGAUAAUCGAAUAAUGUUUUGGCCUCCAAAUGCUUUGAAUGGUACAAUAAUAGUUGGUCAUAUCUCAGCUAUUAAUGGUAAUACUGCUAUGGAUCUUGAUGGACCUCAAGGAAUAGCACUUGAUGAACACAAUUCAUGGUUAUAUGUCGCUGAUUUACAUAACCACAGGAUACAACGGUAUAACUUAAAUGAUACUUGGCCAUGCAACGGUACUACAGUAGCAGGCGGCAAUGGUCCUGGUUCACGAAGCAAUCAACUCUUUUCUCCAUCUUAUAUUAAAAUAUCCAAUAAGACGGGAGCUUUGUACAUAGCGGACUAUGGAAAUCAUAGAAUUCAACGUUGGAAUCAAGGAGCAACUGAAGGAGUAACUAUUGCAGGUGAUAUCAAUGGUAAUCCCGGAUCCAGUGAUACUAUGUUUAACGGUCCUUCAGGAUUAGCUAUUAACCAUAAUGAAACAUUCAUGUAUGUAACCGAUGAAAAUAACAACCGCGUUCAACGUUUUCAACUCAUUUGA